AUGGUUUUCUUCCAGGGCCCUAAGCGGCACUUUCUGAGUCUUUUGCUCGCAUGUCUUGCAGUGCAAGUAUUGUCCCUCUCUAUUUCUGAAAGAAAAACAUGUUCUGGGGCUUCCAGCAAGCAGCGCUAUAUUGGACUCUAUGAGCCAUGGCAUCUUGAUCGUGGGUUUGGUAUACUUGAGAUAUUGGACAUCAAUGUGGAACCCUGGACCCAUCUCUACAUGCCCGACAGUCCUUUUGGCCCCAGUUAUACUCUUGAAGACACCCGGCUUUUCAAAGACUGGAAAGACUUUACUGAUCUGAAGAUCAAAAAGCCGUCCCUCAAGACCUACUUAUCCGUAUUUCAUUUUUUGGACGAAGACAAUCAAUGGCCCAACAUAACUCGCUCUUUUAAGGAUCGGAAGUAUUUCAUUGACAAAUUCGUUAAAUUCAUGGAAAUGUACGGAUUCGACGGUCUUAAUCUUGACUUGUCAACUGCAUAUAUACCAGGUAUUUUAUGGGAAAGUGACGAUCUAAUCCAUAAAAUAGGCGGCCUCAGGGGUCUCGACCUUUCUGGAAUAGCGGAUCAUCUUGACCAUCUCACUUUCUUUCCAUAUUCUGUCACCAGAGGAUGCCGGAAGCAAGAACCGCCAAAGGCAGAAAUGGAUACCGUAUUUGGUAUCGAACAUAGCCUUAGGCGGUUACGGGAAGCCAAUAUUGACCCUAAUAAGCUUUCAAUGGGAUUGGAUUUGGCUGCUGAUACAGACAAAUUUGAAGAUCCAACGUGCAAUACCCCCGGAUGUCCUUCGGUACCACUUAAAGGUCAGGGUUUCUCGGCAUAUGAACUUGAACGUAUCAUCGAACGCGAGGUCAGAUUCAGGAAUGCCGAAGCGUUGAAGAAAAGGGCCGAUCUUGCCAACAAGCAUUGUCUCAGGGGCCUUUUGGCUUACAUAGCUGAGGGUGGACCGGCAUCUUUGAGAAACCCUAAUGAUUUGGAUCCGUCUGAUAAGAACAUGCGAGGCGCGCCUUUGACCAAUGAUACAAGAUACAGUACAAUGGCUACGCCCUUCACUCCGAGCACACAGAGCGCCAGUUUGAGUACUGCAACUAACAGCGACGCUGACGCUAAUGGCAACACGGAAGGAUUAUCCUGUCACCCUGCAAUUGGUAGUGUCCAUGUUCCAAUUGCUCAGCUGGAUUGUGAUUCUAACAGUACUUCAACUGCUUCUCACAACUCUGAUGCACCAGUUAAUGCCGAAGAGGGUGCCCCUAGCCCUUCUCCCACUGCUCCCCACGAAACUGGUACCCCCGACGAACCCAGUGCAACGGGUCCUAAGCCCACUCUUACUGUUGCCCACCGAAUUGGUAGUCCGAUUGAUAGCACAAAGAAGGCUGAUGAUGAGGGCACCACUCCUGGCGAGCCCACAGCUGCUCCCUGA